AUGGAGAAACACAGGAAUGAACAUAAGUUUCUAUUUCAAGAGGCUUGGAGUACCCAUAAUACAGUGAGCCCACCUUCCUGGUCCCCAGACAUUUCAGAAGGUCGGGAAAUUUUUAAACCCAGGCAGCUUCCUGGCAGUGCCAUUUGGAGCAUCAAAGUGGGCCGUGGGUCUGGAUUUCCAGGAAAGCGGAGACCUCGAGGUGCAGGACUGUCGGGGCGAGGUGGCCGAGGCAGGUCAAAGCUGAAAAGUGGAAUCGGAGCUGUUGUAUUGCCUGGGGUGUCUACUGCAGAUAUUUCAUCAAAUAAGGAUGAUGAAGAAAACUCUAUGCACACUACGGUUGUGUUGUUUUCCAGCAGUGACAAAUUCACUUUGAAUCAGGAUAUGUGUGUAGUUUGUGGCAGUUUUGGCCAAGGAGCAGAAGGAAGAUUACUUGCCUGUUCUCAGUGUGGUCAGUGUUACCAUCCAUACUGUGUCAGUAUUAAGAUCACUAAAGUGGUUCUUAGCAAAGGUUGGAGGUGUCUUGAGUGCACUGUGUGUGAGGCCUGUGGGAAGGCAACUGACCCAGGAAGACUCCUGCUGUGUGAUGAUUGUGACAUAAGUUAUCACACCUAGUGCCUAGACCCUCCAUUGCAGACAGUUCCCAAAGGAGGCUGGAAGUGCAAAUGGUGUGUUUGGUGCAGACACUGUGGAGCAACAUCUGCAGGUCUAAGAUGUGAAUGGCAGAACAAUUACACACAGUGCGCUCCUUGUGCAAGCUUAUCUUCCUGUCCAGU